ACAUCAUGGCCAGCAACGAGCCAUUCUACCUACGCUACUACUCAGGUCAUUCCGGUAGAUUCGGACAUGAGUUUUUAGAGUUCGACUUCCGCGCCCUGGGUGAUGGCCGCUCUGCUUCGGCGCGUUAUGCCAACAACUCUAACUAUCGCAAUGACUCCCUGAUCCGAAAAGAGAUGUGUGUCAGCUCACUCAUGAUUGAAGAGAUCAAGCGUAUUAUCAAGGACAGCGAGAUCUUGAAGGAAGACGACACGAAAUGGCCGCAAAAGAACAAGGACGGUCGACAGGAGCUUGAGAUUCGCCUAGGCAACGAGCAUAUUUCCUUCGAGACUGCCAAAAUCGGAUCUCUUGUCGAUGUCAACGAAUCAGAAGACCCUGAGGGCCUCCGUGUCUUCUACUAUCUUGUGCAAGAUUUGAAGGCACUCGUAUUUUCUUUGAUCGCUCUGCACUUCAAGAUCAAGCCAAUCUAAACUUGGCAAUGAAGUUCUACGAUAGAUGGAGGAAGGCGCGGCGUUCAGGUCAAAUCAAAAUACGAUUACUACACCAGUUCUGGAGAAUGGAUCCAAUCAUGUCAUUUCGAGAACCCCCCAGAGGUCUCAGGAACUAAGCAAUCAGAUCUACUAUGGUCUUGCUUCGCGAUGACGCGGAAUAUAGGAGGGUUGAAGCAUGACGAGAGCUCUGACACAGAGACAGGGUCACCAGAUUAGCCUAAGCAUUGCGAAGAAGAUCACUUGACAGAAAUAUUGAACGCACUUCCUUCGGUAUCAAAAAUGUCGCAAACGAUACAAGAGAUCUCUCAGGUCCCUGUUAUAUGCAGCAAGAGUCUUGGUGACG